UCGGAGUAUGCGGGUCGGCGCCUGCGGUUUUGGCUGGAUCAUUCAUUCAAAUGCCUACCCGGGCGGACCACGCCUCGUAACUUAGAGCGCCAAUUGCUAGUCCCGACAACUGAAAACAGACGGUAAAGUUACGACUAAAGCAUGGAUCACGAGCAUCAGAAAAAGACCAUCUUUGCCGAUGAGAGUCUAAAAUUGGUUUGGGUAUGCGAAACGCUGUAAGAAUAGAGGCCGGGAGAGCACGGCAUUGACGCCGCGGUGGGAACUCGAGAUUGCAGGCAUAUCGCUUAGUCCGCUUUCGUCAACAGUAUUCCUUCUGGCAGCCACAAAUCCACACAACAAUUACGAUGGCUUGCAAGUGAAGUCGAUCAAGAAAGACAAGUUACAGAUCACCAUCGAGAAUCGAGGCCGAU